UCUUGUUGAAUAUUAACGAAAAAUUAUUGUUUCUUAAAGUGUAUAACUAUGUGAAAAUGUUAAAGGGUUUUAUUUUUAUUGUGGUUUUUUGUGCUGUACAAGGUUACAAGAUACCCAGAAGGUUACAGCAAGAAAAUUCAUGUGGACCGCCGAAAGGAGAGCUUUGCGUUGAAAUUCGAAAAUGUCCCUUUUUUGCUGAACUUCUGGACAAAACCCCAAUCCCUAGACCAAGACGUGUGAUCGAUAUAAUUCGUGCACACCACUGUGGUUUUCACGGGAACUCCCCGAAAGUUUGCUGUUCUACUUUGAUGCCGCAAAAUUUAAAAACACCCCAGAAAUCUGAGAAUCAAGUUCCAGACGUUUCCAAUCACCCCAAUCUGAGGUUACUACCCACUGAGAACUGUGGAACUAUAAUUAAUGAUUUUAGGAUCACCAGUGGUGCAAAAACUGGAGUCAAAGAGUUUCCUUGGAUGGCCCUACUUGCGUAUUUAACGAAAGCCGGCAUUGAAUUUCGAUGUGGAGGAUCUUUAAUAAACGACGAAUAUAUUUUGACUGCAGCACAUUGUGUUGAAAGCCAAGAACUGAUUGGUGUUAGACUGGGUGAACACGAUAUUCAAACGGAUAAAGACUGCGAUAUUCACGGAGAGUAUUGCGCUCCUCCAGUACAGGACUUUUACAUUGAAGAUGUGAUCGUCCAUCCUGAUUACAAAACGUCCAGUUUUUCUAAUGACAUAGCGAUUAUAAAAUUAGCUACAAAAGUAAAUCUUACGUACGACAAUGUAAAGCCAAUUUGUUUACCGAUUGGAGAUUUAAGUGAUCUCGAUUUAGAUGGGAAAUUUGCUGUAAUAGCAGGAUGGGGUGUAACAGAAACUGGGUACAAGAGUCCUGUCCUGUUAAAAACGUCAGUCCCUGUAGUACCGAAUGACGAGUGUUCAAGGAUAUACGAAGGAUAUCAGACCUCGAUUGACUUUAAACAACUUUGUGCAGGGGGGUACUUAGGUAGAGAUUCUUGUGCUGGUGACAGUGGUGGUCCAUUAAAAUACGUUACGUCACUAGCAGGAACACCGAAAUAUGUUCAGUAUGGGAUUGUAUCGUUUGGACCAAAAUAUUGUGGUAUUGGAACUCAGCCGGGUGUUUAUACCAGAAUUUCAUAUUUCUUAAAAUGGAUCCUUGAUAAUUUAAAACCACCCGAAAAACAAUCUUAAAUGAACUUUGGGUUAGUACAUAAGUAAGUAAAUUAUUAUAGCAUUUUUUUGCUGCUGUAAGUAGUAUAUCAUGUUUAAUUGUUAGCUACGAUUUUUUUAAUUAUAUUUAAUUAUUUAUAUCUUCGUGUCGAUGUUAUAAUUAUUACAAAAAAUAUUCAUGUGUGUUCUUAUUAACCGUACUGUGAUGAUAAACAUAGAUAACUUAUGUUAGUACAC